AGGCCACACCCGGACAAAUUGGGCGUGGCUUCCUGCCCUUUCGGGAAGUCGAGAAAUAAGUCUCCAAAGAGUUUUUAAAACUCAGCCAAGCCAACAAAGCGGGCAAAGAUGCACUACUAUCGUUAUGAAAAUGAAGAGGUCAGCUGCUGCUACAAGUACCUCAUGUUUAGCUACAACAUAAUAUUUUGGCUGGCUGGAGCAGCAUUCAUUGCCAUUGGGUUCUGGGCCUGGAGUGAGAAGGGUGUGCUGUUGGACCUGACCCAGGUGACACGGCUGCAUGGCUUUGACCCUGUGUGGCUGGUGCUGGCUGUGGGAGCGAUCACCUUCAUCCUGGGCUUCGCUGGAUGUGUAGGUGCACUCAGGGAGAACAUUUGCCUCCUCAAAUUUUUCUCAGGGGUCAUCGGGUUCAUCUUCUUCCUGGAGCUGACGGCAGCCGUGCUGGCGUUCGUCUUUCAGGACAACGUCAGGGAGUGGAUCAAUGACUUCUUCCUGUCCAACGUCAAGGCCUACAGGGAGGACAUCGACCUGCAGAACCUUAUCGACUCCCUGCAAAAGAUGAACCACUGCUGCGGAGCCAAGGAGCCUGAUGACUGGAACCUGAAUCUUUACUUCAACUGCACCGUCAACAACCCAAGCAGAGAGAGUUGUGGAGUGCCCUUCUCCUGCUGCCUCAGUGACCCUGCAGACACCGUUUUAAACACCCAGUGUGGAUAUGAUGUCCGUAAUGGUCCAAAGGGGGUCUGGAGUAACGCCAUUUACGUCAAGGGCUGCAUCCCAGCCUUGGAGGAGUGGCUGCCUCGGAAUAUCUACAUAAUAGCUGGAGUAUUCAUCGUUAUAUCUGUACUCCAGAUGAUGGGCAUCUUCUUUGCUCGGACACUGAUCGGUGAUAUUGAGAAGGUCAGGUUUAACUACUACUGAGUGGUGUGGUGAAAUGCAUAGGCCUACAGAGGACAGUACUGGGACUAUCCACCAUACAUUCCUCCCUAUCUCUGAUCUCUCUCUCUGAGGCAUGGCAAGCGACAAGAAUACGUCUAUACCCGUGGCUUGUUAUCUUUGGACUGUUCUGUCAGUCUCUGGAGAUGGGAUACCUCUGCAGAGCCUGCACAGUGGACAUUAAUGCGCCUUAUUCAACUCAAGACUCUUAUGUGCCUUCUCUCACAGGAUUGCAGUCGGACUUAAAAAUGCACCCUGGGUUUCCCUUUGUUUUUGUAAUUAGAUACAUUUUUGUAUGGUUUGCCUCAGACACAGUGAAUGUUUUCCUCUUUCCCGGCGACAGUCUUAACCAAUAAACCCAGGUAGAUUCCUGGGUCAAUACAUCAUACCUCAAUGAUCCAAAAACAAUUUAAGUUGCCGCACAGGUUUAAAGGUGUGUUCUCUAGCCUUCAGCGUUUCAUGAGUAGAAUGGUAGCAUAUCAGACUGGGGGAGGAGGAGUAGGAGUUUACCAUGUCAGUGCAGCUGCAAUGGCUCCGAUAUAAGACCUCGCCCUAGAGCUCAAUCUGAAACAACAGGAUUUCGGCACUGUUAUGUGACAGGCUUUCAACUGGCACCACCAUUGUCCCUUACCUCAGCUAAACAUGAGAGAUGCAGCUCUAUUUUAAAGGUAGACUCAAUAGAUGCAGACAGUAAACUGCAUGGUGGGUCAAUUUCCACAACAAAGUGUGAGCCUCAACUUCUCUUUUUUUAAUUUAAAAUUCUCUACCUACAAUGCUGUAACAGAGUGAAGCGAACCCGUGCAGAUACUGUUGAGCGCAAAGUAUUGCAUCUUGCUCAUCUCAAUAUCUGUGGUGCUGCUCGUGGCAGUCAUCUAGCGGAGUCUACCUUUUAAACCAUUAGAAUCAGUCUGCAGCCGGUCAAAACCAAAAGUUCACAGCUGAACCUCUGACCAAUUGUCCAUCAUGCCUUGUCUUUUCUAGCAGUCAUGUGUCUCUCAACUUGUCAUACAUACUUGUCAUUCCACAAUGUGUACUGCAUCAUGCCAUCUAGUGUUGCGUAUCGGUCAUGUAGACAACUUAAGGGAAACAACUGUUGACGCAAUGUGUGUGUAGAUGACAUGCUUUAUUUUGAUCAGUCUUAGAUGACCCCUAAGUGAAGUAUUAGUUAGCUUGUUGACUCAAGAGUAGCUGAGUUAGAUUAUUUUACUGUUGUGUUGACUCCAGCCAAGGAAGCUUGGGCAAGUGCAGCAGUGGAGACCGAGCCCGGUGUCUCUCAGACAGACAGACAGGGAGACAUCCAGAGCCCGGUGUCUCUCAGACAGACAGACAGACAGGGAGACAUCCAGAGCCCGGUGUCUCUCAGACAGACAUCCAGAGCCCGGUGUCUCUCAGACAGACAGACAUACAGAGCCCGGUGUCUCUCAGACAGACAGACAGGGAGACAUCCAGAGCCCGGUGUCUCUCAGACAGACAGACAGGGAGACAUCCAGAGCCCGGUGUCUCUCAGACAGACAGACAGACAGGGAGACAUCCAGAGCCCGGUGUCUCUCAGACAGACAGACAGGGAGACAUCCAGAGCCCGGUGUCUCUCAGACAGACCGACAGGGAGACAUCCAGAGCCCGGUGUCUCUCGGACAGACCGACAGGGAGACAUCCAGAGCCCGGUGUCUCUCGGACAGACCGACAGGGAGACAUCCAGAGCCCGGUGUCUCUCGGACAGACCGACAGGGAGACAUCCAGAGCCCGGUGUCUCUCAGACAGGGAGACAGGGAUACAGGGAGACAUCCAGAGCCCGGUGUCUCUCAGACAGACCGACAGGGAGACAUCCAGAGCAGCAUGGGCCACUUGAACCACAGGUGAGAUCUGAUCAUAGCGCUCAUAUCCCAUCAACCUAUAGCCGGGAUCGUGCUGUGAUCACAUCACUAGACCUGGUUAUCUGCCUGCAUGGUGAAAGUUUUGAUUGAGAGAUUGUAUUAACCUAUAAUGUCUUGAAUAAUUUUUACUGUCUUAUCUUGAUGAUGAUCUGUUUUUCUAAACACAUUCACAAACGCAAACCCAGUCGGCGCCUUUUUAAUUUUAGCUUGAAAAUGUGCUGAGCUGUUCCACUCUGCUCUUGUUAGAUAUUAAAUACAAUGCUGUCUGAUCGGGCUGCCCGGAGGCACUUUAUGUAGAAAAGAUACAAUUACAACUGUACGGGAUGUCUUGAUGCCCAACUCGUGUCUCCUCUGCUCAGCCUUUACACCUCAACAAGACACCCAGCCCACAUCCAAGUGACCUCUGGCCACAGAAUGAGCACAGACUUCCUGAAACAUUACUCCAAGCCUUCUGAAAGUGUUUUCAGCGGUGGUGUUUUCUGCAAGCUAGAUAACUGCUUGAGCUUGCUUUACCUUCAUCCUGUCCAAUGAUGCCCUGCUCAUUCCCCCUCCGCUGCUGUCCUCAUACCAGAAUGGGGUGUGUUACAGAGCCAUCUAUGGCAGGUAGCCUAGCGGUUAAGAACAUUGGGCCACUAAUCGAAGGGUCACUGGUUCAAACUCCCCAAGCCUGCUAGGUGAAAAAUCUGAUGUGCCCUUGAGCAAAGCACUUAACCCUAAUUGCUCUGUGUAAGAGUGUCUACCGAUUGACAAUGUAAUUGUUGAAUGAGGAUAUCUUUACAGCUGAUGAAUGCUAUACUUGAGCUAUAUGUCAUACAUUACAAGAUCAAAUUAAAUGACUUUCAUUCAGGCCUUCAACUUCCAUUUACACAUCUGAUGGUCUAGGUCUUUUAUGUAGUUCAACAAUUUUGUGUGCUUGUGUUAGAUUGCUUCCAUGUGAUCAUGGGAGUGUUUUUAACCAAAAGGGACUUUUUUUCCAUAUGUAGAUGUUCUGUUUUACCAAAUGACAUUUUGUAAAUGUGAAUUUUCUUAAUUCUGGAUAGGUUUUUAUAAGCAAUAAAGUAUGUUGUCCAUUUUUGUUAAA